AUGUCAUGUGUUGUCGCUCUUUCCCACAAUGUCGUGGCACAGCAGCAUCAAUUGAGUAUUUCGCUGAACAAAACCGCCAAGACAGGUUUUCUAUUUGAAAUUUCUCUCUGGGAUCUUCUCAUCUUCGGCACAGCGAUUUUCUGGGUGACUCUGAGUGCUGUGGUGUGCGCGUCGUGGGCGGAAUCCCUGUCGGCGCCCAGCAAUGAAAUUGACACACCAACAGUUCGGAUAGAUCCCAUCCUCAGGAAGGCUCUCCUCAAAGCCCUGAGCAACCUGGAGCGCGAAGAGCUGGAGGAUGAGAACACCACGCCAGAGUCAUCGACGCAACAGUCUGAGGAGUUGCUCGAGGAGAGCACAUCCUCAGAUCGCAAGCUGCCGCUGGUCCAGUAUCACACCUACAUCAUCGAUCGCAACAGCAGCACCGGAGGAGACGACGGCGACACCAUCUUCCAGACCAUCAUCCUGCCCAAGACCACACUGUCGCCGCCGAAGCAGGACAAACACGAGAAGAAGAAGAUCAUCUUCAGCGUGCCGGAUCCCGUGAAAGACAGCGAUAUCAAGAUCGAGACAGUUCAGCUGGCCCGGAGUGUCACCACCAGCGUGCAAGCCAACGAGAUCGUGGACGACCGACAGUCCGGCAAGACCACUCCGUCCAAGGACCUGCUGAAGAGCACAUCGACCACAUCCCUGCCCUCGACAACAGUCGUCGUCACGACGACCCCCGAGCCUCCCGUGACCAACGAGGAUGGCGAGAAUAUCGAGAAGGUGAGGGAAGUGCAGAUCCAUCAGGCACCGCUUGUUGCAGCCUUCACGGUGCAGCAGGACGAGCAAGGACUCCCGAAGAGAGUCGUGCCCAUCUUCAAGCACUCAGAACCACAGUCAGCCACAACAGUCCAGUCCGUUCCGGCCAUCCAGAGCCUCUCGCAGCCACCCUCGAUCCAACCAACGCCCAACACAUAUCAGCAGGCUCUGGAGAAUAAGCAGCGCGAGCUGGAGGAGAAGAUCCAAUUCCUCCAGGCGCAGCAGAGGCAGCAAGAGCAUCUCAUCAGGCAGCAUCAAAUCUACCAAGAGCAGCAGAGUCUGCAGCGACAGCAGCAACUUCUCCUGGAACAGCGUCUGCGUCUGGAAGAGCAGAGAAUUCGUCAGCAGCGCUAUGAGCAGGAGCAGCGACUCUUCAGACUCUCCCAGCGACCUCCGAUUCCUCUGAAUCGUCCACCAAAUGACGUGCAACUCUUCUCCAGUCUCUCCCUGACGCCGCCCAAUGGCAUCCUCCUGGAGCAGCAACUGCCAGUGAAGGAGGCCAUCAACUUCCGCAAUUCGCCACACAUCUUCUCCCAACCGCCUCAUCUCUCUGCCUCCCUGCAGGCUCCUCAUCGGCCAUUCUCCAACUUCCACCCCAACGGACCGCCAUCCUUCAGCGCACCCCCGAGUCCUGACCGCAACCGCGUCUUCCGGCACGACAGUGAAACCGGCAACUUCGGCUUCAACACCAACAAUCCGAACAACAACUUCCAGCAACAGCAGCAGCAGCUGAGGCAGCUGACGCCCUCGCAUCAGGCCAAUCAGCAGCUGCAGAAUCUCCUCUACCAGUCGGGCAUCUCGGGCGGGCGGUCACAGGAGGAGGACCUGAACAUCAUCACGCGCGUCCUGGCGCUCAAUCACGGCAUCACGACGCCACUCAACGGCUUCCCCAACGGGCGACAGCAGAACUUCGUGUAG